UGUGCAGCACCCCCGGAAGGAAGGUGAGCCUUCCUAAGCCUCUACUGACAGCAAAGCUGCAGAGGCCCUGCCGCGUGAGACCCAGAAGCUUCCAAGCCACUUUCAGUCAGUCGGGGCGGCUGCUGGGACCUGACAACGUCGUCGUCUGAGGCUCUACUACAGAACCUAGGCGGCGGCCCCAACCUCUGACACUGCUGCCACCCCUCCUUGAUCCUUCUGGCUCACAGAACCGCCUCCAGCCCUGCUUGGUGUACAGCAGCGCUGGUUCGGCACGGAACAGCCCUGGAGAGCAGGUCUACAGCUCUGCUACUCUGGAGCGAGAGUCACUACAAUGCCCAUCCUGGAAAAGGCUCCCCAAAAGAUGCCUGUAAAGGCUUCUAGCUGGGAGGAGCUGGACUUACCUAAAUUACCAGUGCCCCCGCUGCAGCAAACCCUGGCCACCUACCUACAGUGCAUGCAGCAUCUGGUACCUGAAGAGCAGUUCAGGAAGAGCCAGGCCAUUGUGAAGCGGUUUGGGGCCCCUGGUGGCCUGGGUGAGACCCUGCAGGAAAAGCUCUUGGAGAGACAGGAGAAGACAGCCAAUUGGGUCUCUGAAUACUGGCUGAAUGACAUGUACCUGAACAACCGCCUGGCCCUGCCAGUCAACUCCAGCCCUGCUGUGAUCUUUGCUCGGCAGCACUUCCAAGACACCAAUGACCAGCUAAGAUUUGCAGCCUGCCUCAUCUCUGGUGUGCUUAGCUACAAAACUCUGCUGGACAGCCACUCCCUUCCCACUGACUGGGCCAAGGGGCAGCUCUCAGGGCAGCCCCUCUGUAUGAAGCAAUAUUACAGACUCUUCUCCUCUUACCGGCUUCCUGGCCAUACCCAGGACACACUGGUGGCCCAGAAGAGCAGUAUCAUGCCCGAGCCUGAGCAUGUCAUCGUGGCCUGCUGCAACCAGUUCUUUGUCUUGGAUGUUGUCAUUAAUUUCCGCCGUCUCAGUGAGGGUGAUCUGUUCACUCAGUUGAGAAAGAUAGUCAAAAUGGCGUCCAACGAGGAUGAACGCCUGCCUCCAAUCGGCCUGCUGACGUCAGACGGGAGGAGCGAGUGGGCCAAGGCCAGGACGGUCCUCUUAAAAGACUCCACCAACCGGGACUCCCUGGACAUGAUCGAGCGCUGCAUCUGCCUGGUAUGCCUGGAUGGUCCAGGCACAGGAGAGCUCAGUGACACCCACAGGGCCCUCCAACUCCUUCACGGUGGAGGCUGCAGCCUGAACGGAGCCAAUCGCUGGUAUGACAAGUCCCUGCAGUUCGUGGUGGGCCGAGAUGGCACCUGCGGUGUGGUGUGUGAGCAUUCUCCAUUUGAUGGCAUCGUCCUGGUGCAGUGCACAGAGCACCUGCUGAAACAUAUGAUGACAAGCAACAAGAAGCUCGUCAGGGCUGACUCAGUGAGUGAGCUCCCUGCCCCCAGAAGGCUGAGGUGGAAAUGUUCCCCAGAAACCCAAGGCCAUCUCGCCUCCUCAGCAGAGAAACUUCAAAGAAUAGUAAAGAAUCUGGAUUUCAUUGUUUACAAGUUUGACAACUAUGGAAAAACAUUUAUCAAGAAGCAGAAAUACAGCCCCGACGGCUUCAUCCAGGUGGCCCUCCAGCUGGCUUACUACAGGCUUUACCAGAGACUGGUGCCCACCUAUGAGAGCGCAUCCAUCCGCCGCUUCCAGGAAGGUCGGGUGGACAACAUCAGAUCAGCCACUCCAGAGGCUCUGGCUUUUGUGCAAGCCAUGACUGACCACAAGGCUGCCAUGCCGGCUUCUGAGAAACUGCAGCUGCUGCAGACAGCCAUGCAGGCCCAGACUGAGUACACAGUCAUGGCCAUAACCGGCAUGGCCAUUGACAACCAUCUUCUGGCACUGAGGGAGCUGGCCCGAGACCUGUGCAAAGAGCCACCUGAGAUGUUCAUGGAUGAAACAUACCUGAUGAGCAACCGGUUUGUCCUCUCCACCAGCCAGGUGCCCACAACCAUGGAGAUGUUCUGCUGUUAUGGACCCGUGGUCCCCAAUGGCUAUGGAGCCUGCUACAACCCCCAGCCCGAGGCCAUCACCUUCUGCAUCUCCAGUUUUCACAGCUGCAAAGAGACCUCGUCUGUGGAGUUUGCGGAAGCUGUGGGAGCGAGCCUUGUUGACAUGAGAGACCUCUGCAGUUCAAGGCAGCCUGCUGACAGCAAGCCACCAGCACCCAAGGAAAAAGCUAGGGGCCCAACCAAGCCAAGCAAUCUUGACUCCAGCCACUAGCCCAGCCUCCUACAGAAGUCAGACCCUACUAAGCUCUGUUCCCAUCCCCACCCCAGCUUGCUGCUGCUCCCCCUAACCUUGGGGGCUCACACGAAGCUGGCAUGUUAAGAGAGAGCCCCUCAUUAUAUUUAUCAAGGUGGCCUCUGUCCUUUACAACUGGAAAUGAGACCCAGCCUGGUUUGGAAGCAACCUGGGUGAGCUGGGAAUUCCCGAUGAGGUCUUCAGAAACGUAACCUUUACCCUUUUCCCAGCAACACCCAGUGGCACACAUGGUAGCUCUGCCCAGUGGAAGAACAGUCAUCUCACCACAUGUUAUGGGCCCAAAUAGGUCAUGAAGGCAGAGGCUAGCUCUGGAUCACUAUCUGUGGCUGUCCCUCCACACACUCACGUGCACACAGAUAGCCUGAGUGGGUUUAGAAUACAGUGGCCGGCACCCGCAAAGACAUUUCUUCCUUUAUCUUCCAUAGCACAGACUUCCUGGAGUUCCGAUAAUCUCAUCCAGCUAUUCAGAGAGAGAGAGAGAGAGAGAGAGAGAGAGAGAGAGAGAGAGGAGGGAGAAGGAAGGAAGGAAGGAAGGAAGGAAGGAAGGAAGGAAGGAAGGAAGACCAGCAAUUAUCUUCAUUUGAUGGAUAAUGGAGCUGUCUCUGGCAAGACUGCGAGAACUAAAGCUGGGUUGUGGGUGAAGGGGCCACAUGGCUGACAAGGAGUGGGGCCCCCUUUGGGAAGACACUGUCCAAAGGCGUUGCUUGAGUGAUUCCCUCCUAAACUACUGAUCUGAGAGAACCAAGCCUUGGUUGCUCUUCUCCAUCAGAAAAGAAACUCACUGUAUUUAUUGGAUGUAUCAAACCAUGCACUGUGAGGGUGUAAGACCCAUACCUGGCAGAGCCUUGGCUGGAGGGAACACCUCCUCCCUUAGGAAGAGACUGGAAGCUGGCCUUCCCCCUCCAAGAACAAAGGAGUGUACUUAUAUUUAUGCAAAGGCAACACUGAGCCACGGCCACAGGCUGCUCUGUGGGGACCUUGGGAAAGGAGGCUAUUCCACUCCUACGUGUCUCUCAGAGAUGGAAAAUGACACAGUUGUUUGAAGCGGUGACCCAUUGUAAGUAUGGCCACCUUGUCAUACUGCUAAAUUGCCAAAUUAUUUAUGAAGUUGAUGUUUGGGUUCUAUUUUUAUAAUAUAGUUCUAGAUUUAUGGCAAUAUGUACAUCUUAAUUUAUAGUUCUGUGCUUUAAAGAAAUCCAUGUAUGAAUAAAGAGCAGAAUAUUGAAAGCAUUCCAUUCAAGAUAUUUAAGGACCUGUAAGUCUGUAUUCAAUAAAAUGCAAUGCCAAGAAA